GGGAGGUAUUGUGCUGGGAGAGACACGUGAAGGCACCAUUCAGCAGUACACGAUUACCGACGGGCAUCAGCUGUUGAAUCCAGGAUGAACGACAUGAACCUGAGUCCUGUGGGCAUGGAUCAGCUCAGUGUGCCCUCGGUGAGUGCCAGCCACCUGGGUCUGCCCACCUCUCCGACACACAACCCCAUCCCCACUUCAGGCAUGUCGGUGGCCAUCCCCAGCCUGGGUCCCUCCCUGGGCUCCCUUCCCUCUGCCCUCUCGUUGAUGCUCCCCAUGGGUCCGCUGAGUGACAGAGGAGUGAUGUGCGGCCUGCCAGAGAGGAACUACUCUUUGCCGCCGCCUCCAUACCCACACCUUGAGAGCAGCUACUUCCGACACAUAUUGCCAGGUAUCCUCUCCUAUCUGGCAGACCGUCCACCACCUCAAUAUAUCCAUCCCAGCAGCCUUAACAUGGAUGGGACCCUUUUGGUGUCCAGCAACAAUCCCUCAGGUCUUGAUCACUACAGUGGCCCCGGAGGCCCACUGGAGCAGGGCCUGGUGCCCAUGGACUCCAGACAGGUGAGUGGCCAGGGAGACCUCCACCAGACUGGUGCUCAUGAGCUGGACUCUACAGGAUUGGCCAUGGUGUCACGUGUCAGUAGUCCCAUGUCCCCGGACCGGAUGGGUGAGGAACUGGCCACCAUGGAUAGAGUGGGGUCUGACACCCAACAGCAGCUCGGUGGGGGGAGGAGGCCUCAGUCGCAUGAAGGAUUAACUGGGGUGGACUCAUCUGCCGGGGUGAUGCCCCUCCAUGGACCCCCUGUUCUUGAACUACCGGUGGUGAUGGAGCAGGAUCAUAUGGGGGGCCGAGUGGGGAACACUGUGGGGGGAAGAGCAGGUGGACUCGGGGAACAGCUCCACUCAAAUCGGGAGUUGAACUCAGGCGUUGUCAGUGUGGUGCUCACUGGCUCCAUGGCCAGCCAGGGACAACUGGAGCCAGUGUUGCUCCAUAGCCACUCUGGGAUGGGACUGGAGGCAGUGCAUGUGUCCCCCAUCUCUGCAGAGGUGUCGCUGGGGCCAGAAAACAACCUGGUGCUGGUCAACUCCACCCUGCAGCUCGAGGAUUCUACCUCCAACAAGGAGAACAUGGCCACUGCUUACACCAUCUGGUGCACUCUGUGUGAGCGCUCGUAUACCUCAGACUGCCCAGAGCAUGGCCCAGUCACCUUCAUCCCUGACACGCCUAUUCAAAGCCGGGCUCGCCUCUCUCUGCCGCGUCAACUGUGCCUGCGCAUCUCGGUAGCGGACGAACCGCUUGGAGUUUUUGCUCGGGAUGUCAUUCCUCCAAGGACAUGCUUUGGGCCGAUUGUGGGCCAGCACUGUAGCAACGUGGACCUCUCUGAUUGGCCAGAAAAGGACACGCCACAAAUAUGGAAGAUGUACCACAACAAUGUGCUGGAAUUCUACAUUGUGACAACUGAUGAGAAUGAGUGCAAUUGGAUGAUGUUUGUCUGCAAAGCAAGAACCUGUGAGGAACCGAACCUGGUGGCGUACCCUGCCAACGGUAAAUUGUUCUUCUGUACAACCACAGAGAUCCACCCGGACCAGCAGCUGCUCUUCUAUUACAGCAGAGACUACUGCAGGCUGAUGGGUGUUCCGCAGGUCCCCGACGGCCAGAUCUGCCGUUGUGGCAAAGAGUGCUCUUCUUUCUCUGAGCUCAAGUCUCAUUUUGAUAGCCAUAACAGUAGCCACAGCCAUAACCAACCUCCACACAGCCACAGCCCAUCGCAGCAGGACCACUCUCAGCAACAGCAGCAGCAGCAGCAACAGCAGCAACAAGAGCAACAACCACAGCAACAGCAACACACUCACCGGGAAGAGAAGCUGACUAAUGGGACCUUGAGCUCCUCUUCUUCCCCAUGGCCCUGCCACACCCACGCUGCAGGACAAACAAACAGUGAUAACAACAGCGGCAGGGCCGGCAGCCAUAGAAACUCUAAUAAUGUUACCUCCAGAGCAAAAGGUCAGGGUCAUGCCCGGGAGAAGAAAUUCAAAUGCAGCAUGUGUUCCCGGGCUUUUCUCACAUCCACAAAGCUCAACGUGCACUUCAUGGGGCACGUGGGGAUGAAACCGCACAAGUGUGAAUACUGCAGUAAGGCCUUCAGCGAUCCCAGCAACCUCAGGAUGCACCUCAAGAUUCACACAGGUCAGAAGAACUACAGAUGCACAGUUUGCGAGAAGUUGUUUACCCAGAAAUCCCAUGUGGCGUCGCAUAUGCUCAUCCAUACUGGCGCAGAGAAGCUCAAGUGUGACCUGUGUGACCGAGCGUUCAUCAGGAAACAUGACCUGAAACAACACAUGUUCUCUCACACACAUGAGCGCCGCAUACAGUGCCCUAAGUGUAACAAACACUUCCUCAAGACCAACCACCUGAAGAAGCACAUGAACUCUCACGAGGGCCGAAGAGACUUUGUCUGUGAGAAAUGCCACAAAGCUUUCCUCACCAAAUACCACCUCACCCGCCACCUCAAGAUAUGCAAAGGGCCCAAGAUGGAAAGAGCAUCACGUAAGGAGCAGGAAUUGGAAGAGGAGGAGGAGGAGGAGGAAGAGGAGGAGGAGGAGGAAGAAGAAGAAGAGGAAGAGGAGGACGAUGAUGAUAGUCAGGGAAGAGAAGUAGAGAGACUUGUAGACUCGGCAAGCAACGAAGACUGUGGUUUAGAUGUUGGAGGAUAUAACUCUGAAAAGUCCCCGUCCCCCCCUCAUUGACAACACUGUGCCUUUUGAGAUGUUUUGUUUAUUUAUAUGCUUUACUACAGUAGUAAUGCUGUAGUUCUGCCAAUUAUAGGAUACUCUGUCAAAUUGAAGUUGCUGCAUCAUCAAUUUGAUCCAUUCCUUUAUCUUGUCAUGUCGAUGUCAUUCCGUCAGCCCCUCGCUACCCAGACCUCUUAAUCUGGGUUGAGAGUAUAGGAACGUAGAAGGACCGGUAAACCCAGAGCUCUGCCUUGCGACUCGGCACCUUGUCACGAGUACGGUCCGCUACAACGCCCGUAUCGCUGCUGAUGCCGCACCGAUCUGCCUGUCCACCUCCCGCACUGGCUCUGGUUCUUCCCACGCCAGAGAGGUUCCACAGGGCAGCAGCUCCAUGUUUCUGCUUUUGUGUGUCAAGGCCCAGCCUCCAGAUGCUAGCUGGUCUUGCAACGACAACACAAACCCCUCUACCACGUAAAGGUGGUGAUUCAUUGGAUUGCAUUGUCAAUACUUUUUAAUAGCCACAUUUUACAUUUCAAUCAAUAUUUAUGUUUAGUCUCACCUAAGCUGGUGAAAUUCUAAUAUUAUAGACUACUCAUUAAUAUCUGACUAUUUAUUUUUCACAAAACUCUUCAUUCAACUCAGGCCUGUGGAAUAUUGGUUGAUGGUAUUCAUUAAUCUAACUUUAAUUUGUAAUCAUGUAUUUCUUUUUUGUUGAUAACAUGGGAUGAAUGGUUGAUAUUAAUUUGUGAUUGAACAAUAAUGUCAAUUAAAUGUUUGAUGCCAUAUUUGUGCAUAUUAGUCCGGAUAUGUAAUUGCUAAAUGGCCUUGGCCAUUAUUUAUUUAUUCAAACCAGGAUUUAAAAUGUAAAUGUGUGAAUGGAAGUGAGCCUCUUUGAAAAAGGAACUUGGGCAUUGUUGUUAUCCUCCUCAUUGUGUGAAUGUUGACUUAAGGUUACACUUAAAUUAUUUAUGUUGUAUCUCCAUCCUGUGUUCCAGAAUGUUUUAUACAUUAACAUGUAGAGCUGCUUCAUGUUGUCGACUGAUGUACAUGACAUAGUUGUACAUCACAUAAAUGGCUCCAUCAUU